AUGUCGCUUGGUUGCCGGAUCCUCCUGGCUCUCCUCCUGCACAUGCCGCCGUCGGGCAGCUUGAAGCUGCACCUUACUCAGGGGAAGGGCUCGGGCCCCGGGGAGCCGCCACUCGCCAACUUGUCCCUGAAUACGACGGGCUGGCUCUACCAGGUGGACAGGCUGGUGACGCCGGAGCCACUGCGGAGACGCCUGGAGCUGGGCGCACAUUCGGGGGAGCUGAGGCAGAGGGGGCCCCUGGACUGCGCGCUGCUGCCCUCCAACCCGUCCCCCCUCUCGCUGCACCUGGGGGCGCCCAGGCCGUGGGGCUACAUGGUGGUUCGAGCCCGCGUCGCCGUUUACGUGCAUGGCCAAGACUGCUACAUCAAGUACAAGAGGAAAGGUGCGCCGCAGCCGCUGGUGCCCGACCUGACCAUCGAGGUGCUCCUGGCCAAGGGACACUCGCGGCAAAGCGGCUGCCUGGCGGCGGGGCAACUGCUCGACGUGAAAGAGAUGGUGCCCGCACUCCUGCAGCCGGACUCUCUGUUCUGCACCAGUCUGAACGCCUCACGGUCUCUGCAGCUCGGACCGGGCGGGAGCCUUGCCACGGGGGCUUUCUGUGUGGGCCCGGACACCCAGCCAGCCGUCGCCCACCUCGUCUGCACGGGUCACCGGAUGCACCCGCUCUUCAUUCGCGUCAGGGUGAGAGAUUGGCGCGGGAUCGGCUCGCGGAAAAAACGCCGGUUUCGGCGGAGGCGAAGCGCUAACCGCAGCCCCCAGUUCCAGCUGCCCAGUUAUCAGGUGUCGGUGCCUGAGAAUGAGCCCGCGGGGACCCAGGUCAUAGUGCUGACCGCCAACGAUCUGGAUGAAGGGGAGGCCGGCCGGCUGGAGUACACCAUGGAAGCGCUGUUUGACAGCAGGUCCAGUGACUACUUCCACAUGGAUUCCGACACGGGAGCCGUUACCACCACACAACCGCUCGACCGAGAGACCAAGGACACGCACGUGUUUAAAGUUACUGUAAAUGAUAAUGGAACUCCACGUCGAAUGACUGCGGCCACCUUAACUGUGACUGUCAGUGAUACUAAUGACCACGCCCCACUCUUCGAACUGUCUGAGUACAGGGAGGUCAUUCGGGAGAACGUUGAAGUUGGCUACGAGCUGCUGACCAUCCGGGCAACCGAUAGUGAUGCUCCUUCAAAUGCCAACAUGUUAUAUCGCAUUGUCAACAGCAAUGGAAAUAAUUCUGUGUUUGAGAUUGACACUAGGUCUGGGAUUGUAAGGACCAGAGGGGUUAUAGAUCGGGAGAUGGUGGCUGAAUAUCAUCUGGUCGUGGAGGCAAAUGAUCAAGGAAGAGACCCAGGUCCUCUAAGUACCACGGCAACUGUUUACAUUACUGUGGAGGAUGAGAACGACAAUUCUCCACAGUUCAGUGAGAAGCGGUACUUUGUCCAAGUGCCUGAAAAUGUUCCAGUGAAUACCAAAAUCCUGCAGGUCAAAGCUUCUGAUCGAGAUAAAGGGAACAACGCUGUAGUUCAUUACAGCAUUGUGAGUGGAAAUAUAAAAGGGCAGUUUUACAUUGAUUCUCUAAAUGGCAACAUUGAUAUCAUCAACCCAUUGGAUUAUGAGACCACAAGAGAAUAUUCCCUUCGUAUUAAAGCACAGGAUGGUGGAAGGCCACCUUUGAUCAAUAGCACUGGCUUGGUCAUGAUACAAGUGGUAGACGUGAAUGACAACGCACCAAUAUUUGUAAGCACACCCUUCCAGGCCACGGUGUUGGAGAAUGUGGCUAUUGGGUAUUCAGUAAUUCACAUUCAGGCUAUUGAUGCUGAUUCUGGUGACAAUGCUCGCUUGGAGUACACACUGGUAGACACCCCUCCUGACUUUCCACUUGCCAUAAGCAACAAUACAGGCUGGAUCACAGUUGCUACGGAAUUGGAUCGAGAGACAACUGAAUUUUACGCUUUUGGUGUAGAAGCCAGGGACAAUGGGGUCCCAUCCAUGACCUCCUCAGCUGGUAUCAGCAUCACUGUGCUGGAUGUGAAUGACAACAACCCUACGUUUACCGAGAGGGUUUACCACCUCAGGUUGAAUGAAGAUGCACCAGUGGGCAGCAGUGUGUUGACCGUCACUGCGAUCGAUCGGGACGUUAACAGCGUGGUCACGUAUCAGAUAUCAAGCGGAAACACGCGGAACCGGUUUUCAAUAACCAGCCAGAGUGGUGGUGGACUAAUCACUUUAGCGUUGCCCCUGGAUUAUAAGCAGGAAAGACAGUAUGUUCUUACGGUUACUGCGUCAGAUGGAACUCGGAUGGACACAGUUCAGGUCUAUAUUAAUGUCACAGAUGCCAACACACACAGACCAGUGUUCCAGAGUUCACACUAUACUGUCAGCAUCAAUGAGGACAAACCGAUUGGCACGGCAGUGGUGGUCAUCAGUGCAUCUGAUGAAGAUACAGGAGAGAAUGCCAGGAUAACCUACAUCAUGGAGGACAACAUUCCUCAGUUUAAAAUUGAUCCUGACACAGGAACCAUAACCACGCAAAUGGAGCUGGAUUAUGAAGACCAGGCAUCCUACACAUUGGCAGUAACAGCCAGGGACAAUGGUAUCCCACAAAAAUCUGACACCACGUACGUUGAAAUCCUGAUCAAUGACGCUAACGAUAACAAGCCUCAGUUUGUACGUGAUUUGUACCAAGGCACGGUGUACGAGGAUGUUCCUUCAUCCACCAGUGUUUUGCAGAUUUCAGCCACUGACCGGGAUUCAGGUCUCAAUGGUCGAGUGUAUUACACCUUCCAUGGUGGUGAUGAUGGAGAUGGCGAUUUCUACAUCGAACCCUCAUCGGGGAUUAUUCGGACUGGGAGGAAAUUAGAUAGGGAGAAUGUUCCAAUUUAUAACUUGAGGGUCUUUGCAGUUGACAAAGGUAACCCACCACUUAAAGCAGUUGUAAAUGUCCAGAUCACGGUGCUGGACGUCAACGACAAUGCCCCUGCCUUUGAAAAGGAUGAGUUUGAUAUUUAUAUUGAUGAAAACAGCCCUGUUGGCUCCUCGGUGGCCAGAAUCACAGCAACAGAUCCUGAUGUGGGAACAAAUGCACAAAUCAUGUACCAGAUUGUGGAAGGAAACAUCCCUGAGGUUUUCCAGUUGGACAUGUUUACCGGAGACCUGAUUGCUCUCACAGAUUUGGAUUAUGAAACCAAAAUUGAAUAUGUCAUCGUGGUCCAGGCAACCUCAGCACCUCUGGUUAAUCGAGCCACAAUUCACAUUCGUCUGGUGGAUAAAAACGAUAAUGCUCCAGUGCUACGCAACUUUGAGAUUAUUUUUAACAACUAUGUUACCAAUAAGUCAAACAGCUUUCCUUCAGGCGUGAUUGGGAAGAUUCCAGCCUAUGACCCGGAUGUAUCGGAUAGUCUUUUCUACACAUUCGUGGAGGGCAAUGAGCUUAACCUUUUGAUUUUAGACCAAAAUACUGGACAGUUAAAGUUGAGUCAGAAUUUGGACAACAACAGGCCUCUGGAAGCAAACCUGAAGAUCUCCGUUACAGAUGGUAUUCACAUUAUUUCUGCACUCUGUACUCUGAGAGUGACCAUCAUUACUGAAGACAUGCUGACAAAUAGCAUCACCGUACGUUUGGAAAACAUGUCCCAGGACAAGUUUCUGUCUCCACUGCUGUCUCUAUUUGUUGAAGGAGUUGCUGCUGUGUUAUCCACAACCAAAGACGAUAUUUUUAUUUUUAACAUUCAGAAUGACACUGAUGUCAGCGCGAAUAUUCUGAAUGUAAGUUUCUCUGCACUGCUGCCUGGCGGGGUUCGAAACCAAUACUUUCCUUCAGAGGAUCUGCAGGAGCAGAUUUACCUCAACCGGACGCUGCUGACCACCAUCUCCACCCAACGGGUCCUCCCCUUUGAUGACAAUAUCUGCCUGAGAGAGCCUUGUGAAAACUAUAUGAAGUGUGUAUCUGUGCUGAAGUUUGACAGCUCAGCACCGUUCAUUUCAUCUGACACUGUUUUAUUUCGACCUAUUCAUCCCAUCAAUGGGCUGCGAUGCAGGUGCCCUCCAGGAUUCACCGGGGAUUAUUGUGAAACAGAAAUUGAUCUGUGCUAUUCCAAUCCCUGUGGUAAUCAUGGACUGUGCCGAAGCAGGGAAGGAGGCUAUAAUUGUGAAUGCAGUGAAGAUUAUACAGGGGAGCAUUGCGAAGUGAGUACCAGGUCCGGCCGCUGUGCACCUGGCGUCUGCAAGAAUGGAGGAACCUGCAUCAAUCUGCUUGUUGGUGGCUUCAGAUGUGAAUGUCCAGCUGGUGAAUAUGAGAGGCCAUACUGUGAAAUUACAACACGAAGCUUCCCCCCACAGUCCUUUGUGACUUUCAAGGGUCUCCGGCAAAGAUUCCAUUUCACCAUCUCCCUCAUGUUUGCAACAAAGGAAGGAAAUGCUUUGCUGCUUUAUAAUGGACGAUUUAAUGAAAAACAUGAUUUCAUUGCACUGGAGAUCAUUGAAGAGCAGAUCCAGUUGACAUUCUCAGCAGGCGAGUCCACGACGACAGUGGCACCCUUCGUACUGGGAGGAGUAAGUGAUGGACAGUGGCAUUCCGUCCAGGUUCAGUACUACAAUAAGCCAUAUAUUGGCAGAUUAGGCAUUCCUCACGGACCAUCGGGAGAAAAAGUUGCUGUCGUUACAGUUGACAACUGUGACACCGCAGUUUCUGUGCGAUUUGGAAGUCAUAUUGGAAAUUAUUCAUGUGCUGCUCAGGGGACACAGAUUGGCUCCAAAAAGUCUUUGGAUUUAACCGGGCCUUUAUUGCUUGGAGGCGUCCCAAAUCUUCCUGAAGACUUCCCUGUGCGCAAUCGUGAAUUUGUGGGGUGCAUGAGGAACUUAUCCAUUGACAAUAAGCAGCUGGAUAUGGCGAGUUUUAUAGCAAAUAAUGGCACACUUGCAGGGUGUCCAGCUAAGAAGAACUUCUGUGAUGUAAAUAUAUGUCAGAAUGGUGGACAGUGUGUGAAUAAGUGGAAUACAUAUAGUUGCCAAUGUCCCUUACGAUUUGGUGGCAAGAACUGUGAGCAAGUGAUGCCUAACCCCCAGAGGUUCAAGGGCAGCAGUAUGAUCUCUUUUGAUGACCUUGAUAUUACUAUAUCUGUGCCCUGGUAUAUUGGCCUAAUGUUCCGUACAAGAAAAGCCAAUGGAUUCCUUGUUCAAGCAAAUGCCGGAACUUCCUCCAAAAUUAAUAUUCAGAUAACAGACAACAUCCUGCAAUUUGAAGUGCACAACAGACUCGGAUUGAAAGCCAAACUGAGAAUGACUCGGACACGGGUCAGCGAUGGAGAGUGGCACCAUUUACUGAUUGAAAUAAAAAGCAUGAAGGAUGGCAAGGACAUCAAGUACAUGGCCGUCAUGUCUUUGGAUUACGGAAUGUACCAGGCCAGUGUAGAAAUUGGGAAUGAAUUGCCAGGAUUAAAAUUGAGAAGUAUAUUUGUUGGACGUCUUCCUGAAGGUUUGGGUACAAGCCAGCAAGGGUUCUAUGGUUGCAUGCAGGGACUGCGAAUGGGUGAUACUUCAACAAAUGUAGCCACUCUGAACAUGGAUCGAGCUGUAAAAUUUCAAGUAGAGAGUGGUUGUCAUAUUCCAGAUCAGUGUGAUGCCAAUCCCUGCCCCUCAAACAGCCGCUGCAUUGAUGACUGGGAUAGUCACUCCUGUUUCUGUGAACCAGGAUUCUUUGGAAGGAACUGUAUAGAUGUCUGCAAACUGAAUCCAUGUGAACACGUGUCUCACUGUGUUCACAAACCAGGUUCCACACAUGGCUAUUCCUGUGACUGUGCAGAAAAUUACUAUGGUCAAUACUGUGAAAACAAGAUAGACCUGCCGUGUCCAAGAGGGAGGUGGGGGAAUCCUAUCUGUGGUCCCUGUAACUGUGACACCAACAAGGGCUUCGAUGCUGACUGCAACAAGACGACAGGAGAGUGCAGAUGUAAGGACAACUAUUACCAGCCACGCAAUAGUGACACGUGCUACCCAUGCGAUUGUUUUCCAACGGGGUCCCAAGCCCGCACUUGUGAUGGGGAAACAGGUCAAUGUCCCUGUAAGUCUGGAGUGAUUGGUCAGCACUGCAACCGCUGUGACAACCCUUUUGCUGAGAUCACCAGUAACGGGUGUGAAGUGAAAUACGAUGCAUGUCCAAAAGCCUUUGAAUCAGGCAUAUGGUGGCCACGGACAAAAUAUGGACGACCAGCAGCCAUGCCAUGUCCCAAAGGAUCGAUAGGCACUGCAAUUCGUCACUGCAAUGAAGAGAAAGGCUGGCUUCCCCCUGACCUUUUCAACUGUACCACGCUUACCUUCAUUCAGCUCAAGUCUAUUAUGGAAAAACUCCAUCGCAAUGAAACCAAGAUGGAUACAUCUAAUUCAAAGAAACUUGCCAGCAUGCUAGAGAAUGCCACCAAGCAUACACCAACAUAUUAUGGGAAUGAUGUGAAAAUAGCCUACGAACUGAUAAAGAGGAUUCUUCAAUAUGAAGGAAACCAACAGGACUUCGAAUUAGCAGCAACUCAGGAUGCAGAGUUUAAUGAGAAUAUUGUCAAAGCUGCUAGUGCCAUUUUAGAUCCUCAGAACAAGGAUCACUGGGAACAGAUCCAGCGGACAGAAGGAGGCACCGCGCAUCUGAUGAAACACUAUGAGGAAUAUGCACACACUGUAGCUCGAAACCUAAGGAAAACCUACCUCCGACCCUUCACCAUCGUCACCGCAAAUCUGAUCAUUGCAGUUGAUGUUUUCGAGAUAACAAACUUUGGAGGCACUAGCAUGCCACAAUUUGAGAAGAUCCGUGAAGAAAUUCCCAAAGGUCUUGAAUCCAGUGUAUUUUUUCCCAAUGCUAUCUUCAAAGCUGGAGAUGACCAAGGACAGAGUUAUCAACCUACACACAAUGGCAGUGGGAAGCCGGAGAAUGUGUGGACAAGGAAGCAGAAGAGAAGUGCCAGUGAAUCCCACCAGUACGCAGUUGGCGUAGUGAUCAUAUAUCGAUCACUAGGACAGCUUUUGCCCGAAAGGUUUGAUCCGGAUCGAAGGAGUAUGAGAGUUCCUAACCGCCCGGUCAUAAACACACCCAUCGUCAGUGCUACAGUUUACACUGAGGACCAAAAUAUGCCUGCACAGUUGGAUAGCCCGAUAACCCUGAAUUACCGUUUGUUUGUGACAGAGGAGAGGACCAAGCCCCUCUGUGUAUUUUGGAACCAUACUCUCGCGGUUGGAGGCACUGGAGGGUGGUCCUCCAAAGGGUGCGAACUUUUUUUGCGGAAUGAAUCCCAUAUCAGCUGCCAGUGCAAUCACAUGACCAGCUUUGCCGUGCUUAUGGACAUUUCCAGGCGGGAGCAUGGUGAGGUUCUCCCUUUGAAGAUCGUCACAUAUACCACUGUCUCGGUCUCCUUGUUUGCUUUGUUUGUGACUUUUCUGUUCCUCGUCCUGGUCAGAACUCUGCGUUCAAAUCUCCAUAACAUCCACAAAAACCUGGUAGCUGCUCUCUUCUUCUCAGAACUCGUCUUCCUUAUUGGAAUUAACCAGACGGAAAAUCCUUUUGUCUGCAGUGUGAUAGCCCUGUUACUGCACUAUUUCUAUCUUUGCACUUUUGCCUGGACGUUUGUGGAAGGCCUCCAUAUUUACCGUAUGCUGACAGAUAUGAGGAACGUAAACCAUGGCCACAUGCGAUUUUACUACACCAUUGGAUGGGGAAUUCCUGCUAUCAUAACAGGUCUGGCUAUGGGCUUAGAUCCACAAGGUUAUGGGAACCCUGACUUUUGCUGGCUGUCGAUGGAUGACACUCUGAUUUGGAGUUUUGCUGGCCCGAUUUGCAUUGUAGUCAUUAUAAAUAUAAUUAUCUUCAUACUUGCUGUUAAAGCAUCUUGUGGACCCAGGCAGAGGUCCUUCGAAAAGACCGGAAUCAUAUCUGGGCAGAGGACAGCCUUCCUCCUGUUGCUUCUCAUUAGUGCCACUUGGUUGCUGGGGCUGAUGGCAGUGAAUAAUGACACUAUGACCUUCCAUUAUCUAUUUGCUAUUUUCAGCUGUUUACAGGGGCUCGUCAUUUUUUUCUGCCACUGUAUCUUCAACAAAGAAGUUCGGAAAGCUCUGAAGGACGUAUUUACUGGAAAGAAACAACAUGCAGAUGACACAGCACUAACCAGAACUACAAUUUUAUCACGGUCACUUAACUGUAACAAUACAUAUGUGGACGAGGGACGAAUGUAUCGUACGACCAUUGGGGAGUCUACAGCCUCCAUGGAGAGCACUGUCAGGUCAGCCAAGAGCCACAAUAGCAGCAUUGCUUAUAAACGCAGGGAUGAAGCUCAGAGAGUGAACUUGUUGUCAAGUCAAGCAGAAGGCGGGCAGACGGAAGCAGAUUCUUCACUAUUCCACAAAAAAUUGAAGAAACCUGAUGAACCGGAUUCAGACUCGGACAGUGAACUUUCCUUGGAAGAUGAUCACAGCAGCUCCUACGCUUCUAGUCAUUCAUCUGAGAGUGAAGAAGAUGAAUUUCAAGCUGAUACCAAGCCCAAGUGGAAGCAAGGGGCACCCAAAAAUAAUGAAAGAAACCCCAUGCACAGUACGCCAAAGGCAGAAUCCAUGCCCAAUCAUGGGAAACAGUACUGGCCUGCGGAAUGCACCACAGCCAGCGACAGCGAGGACCAUGGAGCGCCUGAGAAACUGAAGGUAGAGACAAAAGUAAACGUUGAGUUCCACAGAGAGAACAAUCAUUGCGGCGACCUUCUGAGGGCAAGUGAGAGUGAGCCUCAAGAAAAGGAAACCCCAUCUGUACCUCAGCCAAACUCCAAUCCACAGCCAGAGCAAAGAAGAGGGAUUCUUAAAAAUAAAGUCACCUACCCACCACCUUUAAAAGAAAAGAAUCGGAUAAAUCAAAUACACAAUGAACUCUCCAAUUGUAAAGCAACGACCGUUUCCUCACAGACCUCCUCAAUAGUGCCUACAGACAGCACACGCACAGCCGCAGGCACAGGCUUAUUGAUAAAGCAGUCAAGCAGGCAACAGUCAAGAGAACACUUAAAUGGAAUGAUGCCGGUGCCCAUGAGUAUUAGAACGGGCACAAGCACUGCCCGCGGAGAUACUUCUGAUUCCGAAGGAAGUAAUGAAACUUCAAUCUGACCCAUCAGGAGAUCAGAAGAAUGAUCCCAACUCACGAAGAGUCUCACUGUUCGCUUCACCAGUUCCUGUGCACCUCAGAGCCCACCCAAUGUGCCGGUAUUCUCUACGUGAAUCAGAACUUCUUCAAAAUGGAUCCAUGCACGUGAAUGACUGUGAAAGGGAAACAAGGCCUGCAAAAAUCCUGAAAAAUAUACAAGCAUAUAUCAGAAGGACAGGUAUAUAUGUGGAAUGUGGAAUGCAGAAUGGCAUAUUUGCUGUGUGCCAAAUUCCGGAGCGGAUACAGACAGGUAACCAGUUGGGCAGCUCAGCCAUGCAGUUGGAUAGCCUGAAGAAAUGGACACAUCCCAAGGUGAGCCCUGAAAGUGCACCCACUGCCCUGUAUACAGGCCUCAGGGCAGAACUACAGCUUGCCUACAUUUUCUCCCCAAAGCAUUAAGUACUGUAAGGAAAGGCAGUACCUCAAUCACAAAGAGUUGGUCUCUGUCAUAGGAUCACAGGUAAGUUGGUUACACAUUGAUGGAAGUGUUAUUUACACAGGCAUCAGACUGAAAAUAUUCUCCAGGCUCUUCAUUUGCCUAGUCUUCAAGGAGAUGGUCUUAAAAUGAAUGCCUUUUGUACAACAAAAUUAUAAGAUGUAUAGAUACUUUUAUAUAUAUUUUGUAAGUCAAUACUUCUGAAAACCUCAUCUGUACAUGCAUAACAGUUUUUGAUUUUAUCAAUUUGAUUAUAAAUCUUCUGACUUUUAUAAAGAGUAGAAGGUGCACAAUUUUACUUGAAUUUGGUGUGUUAAUAUUGUAAAAAGAAUUUUUUUCUAUUGAAAGCUGUAACAAUUUAUGAGAAAUAGAAUUUGAAUGUGUAACUACAAAGACGGAGUUACUACAAAGAAUGGGGAAUCAAACCAACUCCCGUUUUUUUCAUUCAACCGUACACUUGAACUUGUGUGUCCGAGGAUUUUUGAAAGAAAAAUCACCUUUAAGUUCAAGAGCACAUGUUGGUCUACCAGGGAGGCAAGGUUGGGGGAGGAGAUGGGGUGGAAGAAUUAAUCAGAAGGAUGUUUGCCAAUCAAGUAUGAUUGUUUUUAUUUGAAUACCUGUGAAUAUUUUGACACUAUUAUUGUUGUAGAUUUGUUUUUAAAUUGUUUUAGACAGAAACUAUCAGAACAGUUCCCAUUUGUAUAUUGUGACUCACGUGUUGUAGUAAAUUCUUUUGUUUUAAUACAGAGAGUUUCUUUUAACAUUAAUGCAAUUGUAUUCAUGGCACAAGAUUUUUAAAAAAUUUUAUGAUGGAAACUGAUUUUUUUUUAAAAAGCAAAGAACAGAUGUAUCAUAUUUAUUUACAUGCAAAAAACACUGGAAACACAGUACAGAGAAACAAAAUUGUAAAAUAAAGAGAUUUUGACUUUU